AACAAACAAACAAACAAACAAACAAACAAACAAACAAACAAACAAACAAACAAACACGUGAGUAGUGGCAGCGUACUAGUACACUGCUUCUCCCUCACAGAAUCAUGGCCGUUGCGUUCAAAUUUCUCUGGGUUGCCGUUGUUGCCGUUGUUGCCAUCAAUGCCGUCUCUCAAACUCUUGGCUAGCUACGCACAGGAAGAUCUGGAACCCAAUGCACCCUCAGAAGAGGAUUUUGUAUUCACCUAUAAUGCUGAUAUUAAGAGGUUGGUUGAGGAGGGCACGGUCACCAAUGUGGGUGCUGUCUUGUCUCUGGAAGAGGUUCCCGUUGUUGAAGAAAUGGAGGUAACAUGCAACUCCAACAUGAAAAACUUCGUCACCUAUGUUAAAGUUGAGUUUGAUGGGGAUGCAGCCGCUUUAUCUGACAUGGAAAUUGCCAUUCUCGGCAUUUUAUUUGAUCAAGUUUACAAUGACAUCUCCUUUGCCAACUGUGAUGGAUAUUUCAGAAUGACGAGUGGCGCUUUGUUAAAUCCUGGAAUAGGGAGUUCAGACUUGUUUGAAGUGUCAGGAACUUGCAGAGACUGCCCCGUCGAUGGUGAGUAUGGCUGGUCUUCAAUGUUUGCAAACACGAGGCGUAGAUUACAUUUCAUGGAAAGGCUGCCAUGGCCACCUGAUCCUCCAGUGCCAUCCAGAACACCCACUCCAGCAAAAAAGUAAUCCUUCACGAGUUCGUGGUCUACAAACUGGGCCGGAUGAAGAUGUUUGUCUCUGCCCUGCACUGAGCGGCAAUGUUGACGAUCCCAGUCCCGCAGCCCCAUCUGAGAAUGAGUUGCAGGCUGAACUCAAUCGCCGCAUAUCAGAUCUACGAAGGACUGGAAUGAUCAACAACAUUGUCUCCAUCUCCGCUCUCAUUGAGGGUGAUCUUCUAGGAAGGUUCCCCGGUGAUGAUCCCAGCUAUGGUCUCCCCCCGUGAAGCCAAUCCCCACUUCGGCCGGGUGUGGUUCCCCAAAGCUUCAGCUGCCAUGAUGAUCUGUUCAUUGGGGCCAUAUGCGUUAUGAAGAUUUUUAUGCCAAUGGUUUCUUUACUCGAUAAACACAGAGAUGGUAGUAGUUUAUGCUUGCAUUGGG